AUGCUAACUCUCAGCCCCGUCGUCACCGUAUCCUAUGAGGCCAAGGGUGUGUUUCUGCUGCUCUCCGUCCUGGAGUUUACAGUGGGGGUCCUGGUCAAUGCCUUCAUCGUCGUGGUGAAUGUCUGGGACAUGGUAAAGAAGCAGCCACUGAGCAGCUUUCACCUGGUGUUGUUGAGUCUCGGCAUCAUUCGGCUGUUCCUGCAUGGACUGCUGUUUCUGGAGGCCAUCCAGCUCACCCACUUCCAACAUAUCAAGGACCCCCUGAGCAUCAGCUACCAGAUCAUCCUUGUGCUCUGGAUGGUUACCCACCAAGCCAGCCUCUGGCUGGCCACCUGCCUCAGCAUCUUCUACUGCUCCAAAAUUGUUCCUUUCUCCCACACGGCCCUGCUCCUCAUAACUCGCUCUUUCUCCAGGAAGAUGCCCCAGGUGCUCCUUGGAGUGACCUUUCUCUCCUGCAUCUGCACGGUGCUCUGUUUGAUGGAUUUCUUCAACAGAUCUCAACCCAUUUUCACAGCUUGGCUGCUCAUGAAUAACACAGAAAAGGGAAACCCAGAGAUUCACUUAUUUUACUCCUUCCUCUUCUGCAACCUGGGGUCCUUUCCCCCUUUCCUCUGUUUUCUGGCUUCUUCGGGGAUGCUGAUCAUCUCCCUGGGGAAGCACAUGAGGACCAUGCGGGCCAAUGCCAGUGGCUCUCGGGACCCCAGCCUGGACGCCCACAUCCGAGCCCUCAAGUCACUUGUCUCCUUCCUCGGCUUCUACGUGGUGGCGUUCUGUGCUGCCCUCCUGUCGAUGCCCUCUCUGAUGCUGUGGCAGAACAAAAUAGGGGUCAUGGCUUGUGUGGCGGUCAUGGCAGCGUGUCCCUCUGGUCAUUCGGUCAUCCUGAUCUCAGGUAGCGGCAAGCUUAGGAGGACAGCAAAGGCCAUUCUGCUCUGGGCACAGAGCAGCCUGAAGGUGAGGUGCCGCUACAAGCCAGACGCCCAGAUGUCGAGCUGA